AUGCAAAAUCACUUAAACCAACCAGCACUUCCUGUUUCCUGUGCAGUCCUGAGCCGGAGGUCUGCCCAGAUGAAGGUCUCUGUGGCCUUUGAAGUCUUGAUUUUCCCUGCUGCCUUGAUUUGGGCUUGUGCUGAGAACAUCAAUGUGAAAAUAAGUUGUUCUAUGGACUGGAUGAUGGUCUCAAUUAGCCCAUAUAUGCCCAGCAGCAAUCUGUAUAUAUUUGCUGAUGAAUUAUGUCUGGGAACGGGCUGCCCUGUGACUCGGAUACAAACAUAUAUAUAUGAUUUUAUAUAUCCUGUUUAUGAGUGUGGCAUCAGGACGAAGAUUAUUUCUGAGGAUACACUCCUUUUUCAAACUGAGAUACACUUUACCCCAAGGAAUAUGCAUUGUGACCAUCAGAAAAUCCCUCUGGAGUGUUCUGCCUCCAGAAAAUCAGUGUGGCUUACACCAGUAUCCACUGAUAAUGAAAUAAAAUUGGAUCCCAGUCCCUUCAUGGCUGACUUUCAGACAACACCAGAAGAGUUAGGAUUAUUAAAUUCUGAUCAAACUUGUCCCCUAGAGGAGAAACAGAAUUUAAACUCUAAAGAACAGCAUGUUGACGAGUUAAAGAUCAAAGUGGGCCCACUGAAUUCUCUCUGGCGUGUGCUCAAUUGGAACCUGGCAGCCUUACACAUGCUCCGUGUCCACGCAGAAGCUCAAGGGAGCCACCCCAGCUAG